GCCACUUGGCGGCCAUGGCAGCCGUAGUACUGGCGGCUGCGGGUCGAGGGCCGGCGAGGUGGAGCACCAUGGGCAGCAUCGGGUCUAGGGCAGGGACAGCCUUUGGUCAGCUUAGCUGGUGAAUCUCUCAUCCUCGUUAGAGACCUGCAGGACUUCUUUCCCCAGUCGACCCUCGGCGGGCUGGUCCCAGCUUCGGGGAGUGGGUCCCCCGCGGGGUCCUCCGAGAGAAACAGGGGCGCUGGGCUGUGCGGAGAGACUAGCUUGGGGUUUCCUCCUCCGCCCGCGGCUACCCGAGACGCUGUGUGUGUGUGUGGGCGGGGGGAUUGGGCCGUGGUGCCACCCUUCUUCCGAAGAUUGACGAAAUUGCGCUCUCGAACACUGCCCAGCUGUUAACCCACGAGCAUCCAGGGACCGGCAUGUAAGAACCCGGAGCGUGGGGUCCAAGCGUGCUCAAAGUUUUCUCCGGUGCUAACGUCAGCAAAACGGGAUCGUGUCCACGUCCAUUCGCAGUGCCUGGUGAACACACCUGGGGAGGAGGCCCACAGAACUGACAGUCCGGUUGCUCUCGGGGAACCACUGCACGUUUAAAGAACCUAAACCCCCUGGAAGCGGCUGGAGUGUUGAAGUGUUGGUGGGUGAAUAGAGGCGAGCAGAAUGGAUGAUUUCGUCUCCAUCAGUCUGCUCUCGCUGGCUAUGUUAGUGGGGUGUUACGUGGCUGGAAUCAUUCCCCUGGCCGUUAAUUUCUCGGAGGAGCGACUGAAGCUGGUGACUGUUUUGGGUGCUGGCCUGCUCUGUGGAACUGCACUGGCAGUGAUUAUGCCUGAAGGAGUACACGCACUUUAUGAAGAUAUUCUGGAGGGAAAACACCACCAAGCCAGUGAGCCACAGAAUGUGAUUGCGUCAGACAAAGCAGCAGCAAUAUCAGUUGUCCAUGAGCACGAGCACAGCCAUGACCACACACAGCUGCAUGCCUACAUCGGUGUGUCCCUGGUACUGGGCUUUGUUUUCAUGUUGCUGGUGGACCAGAUCGGCAGUUCCCACAUGCAUUCUACUGACGAUCCAGAAACAGCGAGGCCUAGCAGCUCCAAAAUCACCACCACGCUGGGGCUGGUUGUCCAUGCUGCAGCUGAUGGCGUUGCCUUGGGAGCUGCAGCCUCUACUUCCCAGACCAGUGUCCAGCUAAUUGUGUUUGUGGCCAUCAUGCUGCAUAAGGCCCCAGCGGCUUUUGGCCUGGUUUCCUUCUUGAUGCACGCUGGCCUGGAGCGGAACCGAAUCAGAAAGCACUUGCUGGUCUUUGCACUGGCAGCACCAGCUAUGUCCAUGGUGACGUACUUAGGACUGAGCAAGAGCAGUAAAGAAGCCCUUUCAGAAGUCAACGCCACAGGAGUGGCCAUGCUUUUCUCUGCCGGGACAUUUCUCUACGUUGCCACCGUCCACGUCCUCCCUGAGGUGGGCGGGAUGGGGCACAGCCACAAGCCUGACAGCGCUGGAGGGAGAGGCCUCAGCCGCCUGGAGGUGGCUGCCUUGGUUCUGGGCUGCCUCAUCCCACUAAUCCUGUCAGUAGGACACCAGCACUAAACGUUCAGGUCCUCAGCCCAGUGAGAACAGCCGGCACCUGCCAGCCGCUCCCUUCCUCAGUGUCUGCCUCGCCUCGCCCAUCUCCACCUGUGUCCCUAGAAUGUGGAGGGAGCUGAACGGCGACCCAGGAGGAAUGGACAAGUGUGCAGCAUAGGAGCGAUGCGCAGCUAGGGAGUGGAGUGCUGUCUUCAAGGGCCCUUGGCACACUGCAUUUGGAUGUUUCUCUUAACCCCAUUCUCAGGGAAGAUGGAAUUUAGUUUUAAGGAAAAGUAGGGACUUCAUACAGUGGUUCUGGAAGUGAACUAAAUCUCUUCUAGAGGCUGCCACUUUACCCCUUGACUUUUGACAUGGUUCUCACCGUGUAAGACUGGCACUUUAGCAUCGAUGCCACGCUUUAAUAGAAGGUCAUAGCUGAAGGUGACUGCAGAUAAUUUGCAGCCAUAGAGAAGGCAGGAAGGGCUGGACACUGAAAACUGGCUAAUGCUCAAGGAGCCAGGCCCUGGGAGGGGGCAGUGAGAGAGAUGUCCUCACUUCCUUUGCAUGUGCCUCUUAGUGCAGCCCACUGGUCCAUCUUGGACGCAGCAGCAACUGGACGAGCUUCAGAAGAGGUGGGGCCCUUUUGGAGCAUUUCUUUCUAGUUUCCAUUGCAAAGUAGUUGCCUCUAGCACAGUCUCAGAAGAACCAAGUUCUAGUAGAGUUGGGCUGAGGCUUUCCUCCAAGAACAGUUGAUCCCAAAGUAUCUUUGGAAAUGAAGGGAGGCUAAAUUUUACAUACAUGAGGAUAGUUACUGACAUCUUUGUAGUCACCUUUUUAAAAAGACUACCAAAAUUCUUUUUUGAGUGUUUCUUUUAUCAGGUCAGCAGUCCCUCUGGCUAAGCAGUUGUCCAGUGUAGGAGCAUGGUGCCUGCUCACAUGAGCACCUGUAGGAUAAAGAAGGUAGCUGUGUCAUACAAGAGAAGCGUCUGCCCGGUAGCUUAAAGGUGAUUCUCGGGAUCCUGUCUCCUUGUUGGUCUUCCCCAGGUUAUCUCCUGACUGUCCCUCUGGCCCUCCUACAGUCUGCUGCUCGCCGUCAGAGGCAGUGUCCACACUUGGUGCGAUGAAUGCCUGUGAGAACAGCCACCAUCCAACUGUGAUGAGGAAGAUACUAUUGUCUCUGUUCUUAUUGCCUUCAAAGAAGUUAACUUUCUGUGUCAAAUGCAGCUUUGUUAAGGUCUCGGUAUCACCUCCUCAUGUGCAAAUUGACAUAAUCUCUGAUAUUCUGAUAAUUUAAACAGUUGAGACAGCAAAAGUAUUUAACAAACUAAGAUAAUUUUCCAUGUUUGCCAAAACACAUAUAAAUAGUUUUGUCAGAUAAAUGUAUAAUACUGUAUUCUUAAUUUAUUUUGAUUUUCUGUACCAUUUCAAAGCACAUUUUUUACAUCAAGUGGGAACCAAGACUAGUUUCUUCAGGGCAGUGGAUUUAGUUGUUGGUUAAACAUGUUACAUGAUGCGUAAACCUAUAUCAUGCCUGUGAUUUCUUUUCUUCCUUGAUUUGUGUCAGCAGCUGUGGAAUUAAACUUGUGUGCCCUCUGCCCUCUGCUAGUUGCAGAGAAAAAAGAAGCCUCAGUAGAUGCAGUUUGUAUAGCAGCUGGUAACCACUGCAUGCAAGGUUGUUAAACCAAGGGUAGGCCCGG